GUCAAUGCGGCUAUCCUAACUAUCAGUGUUUGCUGUAUAUGUGAUGGUUGUGUUAUUGUAUUCCGUGACAUAAACACACUGAAUGAAAACCAAAACACACAUCGUAACCAUUGAAAAUAGACGUAAAAAGGGCAGCUACCAAAAAAAAAAACAAACACAAAAUCUGCGCAGUUUCUUGGUCAACCGUCCGGUUCAAAAUAGAGUUAAAUAUCGUGUGAAAAUCUAGUGCAUACUGAGAGAAGAGUGAAUCAAUGCAAUAAAAUUAUAUCACUUAAAUUCAAAUUGCAUCUUUUUGUUGCUGCAAAUGUAAAACUGUCCGGAGUCAAUUUUAACUAGAUCGCGAUAUUUUAUCUUGAAUGCAAACGAUUUAUUCUAUCAAAGAUCUGUUUUAUUUGCUCGCUUGUGAAACGCGAUAAGAAACUGAAAUUUUAUCACUCACUGAAAAUAAAAAAAAAACACCCACUGAAGGCAGAAUGACGAAAAAAUUGGAUUCGGUGCGUCGGUCGCUAUUCCGAGAGUUUGAAUCUGAAGAUGAUUCAUUGGAAAAAUUGUGCAACGAUCAAAAGAAAAUAUCACGCAUUUCAAUCAAACUGAAUAGCAGACUCAUCGCAAGCGUUUUAUUAAUAACGGUGGCCAUCGCAGCAAUCAGUAACAAGGUAAUACAGACGUUAUUGAAAGACAUGUCUUCCGAAUUGUAUGGCAAAAUUAAUUCGAGCCGUGAAUGGACACAAACAAACUACACAUAUCUCAUGGAGCCGUUACUAUUUGCAAUCUUGAUCAGUAUUUUCACAAUGACCAUCAUUUACUUUGACAGUGAUGUGCCUGGUGUUUGUCCACCAACACCAUUCUCACCUCGCAAAGCCAGACAAAUUCGAUAUUACACGCACAAAGAGAAAACAAGCCACUUGAGCUUCUGGAUAUCGAUUGCAAGUGGAGUUGUCACCUUCUUUUUGUUGUAUUUAUAAGUCUUCGUUAAUCUAAGUUGACGGCAGUCUGAAAAGUGUCCACCAUUUUCCCCAUCGAACGAAUAGUGUGUAAAAAGUCACUUAAUUUACUAUUUCAUUUAAAAUAUUAGUUUGUAUUUUGUUUAUCGGACAAAUGAAGUAAGAUCCAUUCAUAAGUUUCAUAUUGUUUGUUAAGUUACAGAAAACAUGAUAGUAUUAAUAACCAAAAACGGGCGUUAUUUGACGUGUGUAGAAUUAUUUUAUCGAAGAGAUAAAACAAAUGUAGAAUUAAAACAAUAGCAUACGUGCUUAUUGCAGGGAUUAAUCAAAGUGAACACAUCACAUUUUCAGCUAAAUUCACUUCAUCCAUCUGAACGCAAACAUCACUUUCUUUUUAUCAAUUAUUUGGAUAUAUAUUUUGUUAAAUGUUUGUGCCUUUCUCAAAUCAUCACAUAUUUACCAUGAAAUUUGCAUUUUUUGUCGAGAAAAUACCCGAACAUCACCGCGUAUUGAUCAAAGUUCUCAAUUUCAUACCAUUUAAUUUAAUUUAACUUGUAUUGUUUAAAUUAGAUUUAAGUGGAUAUUAUUUUACACAAGACAAAUUUAAAUAAAUUAGUUUCAAAUAAA